AACCGAAAGUACAAAUUAUUCAGUGCAGAAUUGCAACAUGUCAGCUUCCAUAAACAAGAGAAACCUUUCAACAAAAAAUAAGGUUUAAUGCUAUAAAAACGCGAAAACAAUGGCAGAGAUUACGAUUACACCUUUAGGUGCAGGACAAGAUGUUGGUAGAAGUUGUAUUUUGGUCACAAUUGGAGGGAAGAACAUUAUGCUGGAUUGUGGGAUGCACAUGGGCUUUAACGAUGAUAGGCGUUUUCCAGACUUCACUUUUAUUACACGAGAAGGGAGAUUGACAGAACAUUUAGACUGUAUAAUUAUCAGUCACUUUCAUCUUGAUCAUUGUGGAGCAUUACCGUACAUGUCAGAGAUGGUGGGUUAUGACGGUCCUAUCUACAUGACACAUCCAACUAAAGCUAUAUGUCCAAUAUUACUGGAAGAUUUCCGCAAGAUCACCGUGGAUCGGAAAGGGGAGACAAACUUUUUCACCUCAGAAAUGAUCAAGUCAUGCAUGAAGAAAGUUAAAGCGGUCAAUCUGCAUGAAGUUAUACAGGUGGAUGAUGAACUAGAAAUCAAGGCGUACUAUGCUGGUCAUGUACUGGGUGCCGCCAUGUUUCAUGUACGAGUUGGACAACAGUCUUUAGUCUAUACUGGUGAUUAUAAUAUGACUCCUGACAGACAUUUAGGGGCUGCCUGGAUAGAUAAAUGCCGCCCAGAUCUGCUUAUUACAGAAUCUACAUACGCCACUACAAUACGAGAGUCCAAAAGAUGCAGGGAAAGGGACUUUCUCAAGAAAGUACACGACUGUGUUGAGAAAGGUGGAAAGGUCUUGAUACCAGUGUUUGCCUUGGGUAGAGCACAAGAGUUAUGUAUAUUAUUAGAAAGUUACUGGGAGAGAAUGAAUCUCAAUAUACCGAUAUACUUCAGUCUCGGACUGACUGAAAAGGCAAAUCAUUACUACAAACUAUUUAUAUCAUGGACCAGUCAAAAAAUCAAAAACACAUUUGUACAGAGAAACAUGUUUGAAUUUAAACAUAUCAAACCAUUUGAUCGGGCGUAUAUCGAGAAUCCGGGACCGAUGGUGGUGUUUGCGACCCCGGGAAUGUUGCAUGCUGGUCUAUCACUACAGGUCUUUAAAAAAUGGGCACCGCACGAGCAAAAUAUGGUGAUCAUGCCAGGAUAUUGUGUAGCAGGCACUGUGGGUCACAAGAUUCUGAAUGGAGUUAAAAGGCUUGAGAUGGAAAAUAAACAACAUAUAGAUGUAAAGUUAUCAGUACAGUAUAUGUCAUUCAGCGCCCAUGCUGAUGCUAAAGGAAUUAUGCAGCUUAUAUCAUGGUGUGAACCGAAGAAUGUCAUGUUGGUACACGGGGAGGCAGCUAAAAUGGACUUUCUGAAAAACAAGAUUCAAACAGAAUUUGGUAUAGAUUGUUACAAACCUGCUAAUGGUGAAACAGUUACCAUAGAAACUCAACAUAACAUACCUGUAGAUAUAUCACUUAGUUUGCUGAAAAGAGAAGCAUCUUUUACAGGAUUAAAAACACCAGAUCCGAAGAAACAAAGAGUUUUACAUGGUGCACUUGUGAUGCGAGGAAAUAAACUGCAGUUAAUAGAUCCGGAUCAGGCCCUGCGAGAUCUUGGUAUUAAAGAACACAACUUGAGAUUUACAUCUACAUUAUAUGUGGAUGAAGAUGGGGCUUCAGAGAAACUAGCAGAGAAAAUCUACAUGCUGGCUAAAGAGAAAAUUCCGGACCAACCUUCCCAGUACUCAUCUGAUGGUUCCGUGUCUGUGUCGGAUGUUAUGAUAACAGUCUCUGGUGAAGAUGAUGACACUAAAUCUGUACUUGUCACCUGGUCACAUCAGGAUGAAGAUUUAGGCAGUGAGUUGAUGGACAUCAUGAAAAAUGAACUACCUGUCAUUGUGGACUGAAUAAUUUAAUUUAGGGAAUACAAGGAAAUUAAUGUGGACUAAAUGUCAAAAUUUAACAACACAUACCUGUGUAAUGUUACAGAUAAAGGAGGAAAGAAGAGGAGAAUAUUCUGAUGAUCUGCAAUGACUUAAUUAAAUGUAGACACAAACAUGUCUUCAUUACAGUGUCCAUUGUUAUUACAGUGUCUUACUUGUCUAAAGAGACCAGUUCUUAAAGAAAUACUCAAGAUGGUCUCUCAUGGCAGGUUUGGAGGUAGAUUUGCUGUUGAUAAAAAAGGAACUAAAAUGUUGAUCUUUAGAGAAAGGUGUUCUGUACAUGGAGGUUUUUUGGUGAUCUCUAAAAUAGGUGUGAAUUUAUCUGAGUCUCAUCAGAAUAUUGUU